AUGAAGAGGUCCGACACAGAACUUGAAACAUGGGCCACCAAUUAUCCCGUUCCCGUCACCACUGGCACCACCCAGCCCCGUGGUCUUUACCGUGACCAAAUGCAAAUGCAGUACUCUUCGUCAACGUGCUCGAACAAUCCCACCCCCUAUCGCGUUGACAAUGAUUUUGCGGCGACGCCUAAAUUGAUCCCCCCAAGUUCUCAUAUUUACAUGGGUGAGGUGACCUACCAGCAGCAGCGUUGGCAGCAACAACAGGCGCAAAUGGUGGGUGGUGGUGGUGGCGGCGGCGGCGAUAUGUACAUUCAACAGUCACAGCACAGCAGCAGCAGCAGCAGUGUGAUGAUGGUGCCGCCGACUCCACAGUCACAGCAAUACUACAUGGCCCCACCAACAGCAUUGCCCAAUCAAUUGCAACAGCACCAGCAGCAGAUGAAGCCACAUCAACCUCCUCCACAGUCAGGCCACUCACGGGCCUAUCCUGCUCUUAUGUAA